GGAGGAAAGUGAUCGCAGAAAGAGCGCGGGAAAACCUUCUCUCCGGACCGGUCCGUUCUAAAGGGUCGCGCAACGCUCGAAACGGGAAGUCGCCAGCUGAGCAGGCGUCGCCUCUCGCUGCGCCAUCGCCUCGACGGCCGGCUCAUAAGCGCUGCGAACGUCCUAUCGCCUCAGCUUGCGAUUCAUCCGCCAUGGCGCAGGCAGAUAGGAUCGGAUAAGCGACCGGAGAACAGUGCUGCUCCCCUCGGCUUUAUCGCUACCAGCAGGCGGACGAUAGAAGCCGGCUCCCGCUCGGCGAGCGAUGCGUGCUCGUAGCACGUGAGCGUGCGAGACUGGCGGCGCGGCUGAUCGCGGCGCGUCUGUCGUCAUCGCCAGCUGUUCGCGGGUGAGGCGACGCGGUUUCCGCUAGGGCGUCGCGCGCGCGUAGUCAGCGUAGUCGGGGCGAGCGCUGCAGCAGCCAGGCACCCUCGCGCGCGGGCCCGCGUCUCGCGCGUGCAUCGGUCUGUGAUGACGGUGUCGUUCUCCUGCGAGCGGGCUAGAUGACGACGAUGGACACUCCUUCCCCUCGCAAGGAUCCCGUGCGGCUGGGUCCCGUCCUGGAGGAAAGCGUCGCCUGCUGCUCUUCGGCCUCGGUGGUGCUGGCGCCUCCGUGCGAUGCCGAGAACCGCCACCUGACCUGGCGCGAGCGAUGGGUGCCCUUCUUCCGGGGCCUGGGCCUCGAGUCCGUGCUCUUUCUCUACACCGUCACGUUCGCCAUGCGCUUCGUGGUCACCCAGCAGCUCUUCAUGGCCAAGGCGUGCCUGUCGGCCUACCCCGACGACGUGUGCGCCACGCUGAGCCAGCAGAACGCCACCGUGCGCGACGCGGUCACCCGCAACGCGAACGUGCACAACCUGCUGCUGGUGCUCGCCGAGUUCGUGCCCGCCGCGGUGGUGUCCGUGUUCCUCAGCUCGUGGUGCGACAAGCACGGCAACCGCAUCCCCUUGCUGCUGAACCUGUGCGGCGCGUUCGCGCUGGACGCCGGCACCAUAGCCACCGUGCUGGUCUUCUCGGCGCCCAUGUACGUGAACGUCGUCCUCGGGCUGGUGUGCGGCAUGACCGGCGGCCUGGUCUGCAUGACGGCCAUCGUCGAGAGCAACGCGUCGCGCUCCUCGCGCGAGGACAUGCGUGCCGUCAAGUUCCUCGUCGUCAUGAGCGCCCUGCUGGUCGGCGUCCAGCUGGGACAGCUCAUCUCGGGCGAACUGUUCAGCGCGGGCGGGUACCUGCCCGUGUACUGCGUCUCCCUCGGCAUAGUGCUGUGCAGCAUACUUGUGGUGCUGGUGUUCAACGCCGGCACCUCGUCGUCGACGUCGCGCCUGCGCGACAUGCUCAAGGACUUGCGGAUGCACAACUUCAAAGAGGGCUUCGACGCGGCCUUCGGCUGGAGACCGCACGGACUCAGACACCGGCUCGUGCUGCUCGCCCUCUCCCUCGGCGUCAUACUCUUCAACGCUGAAACCGGCAAGAGCAUCUCCUUUUACUUCUCUCUACGGCGCUUCCAUUGGAGCGUCGCCAUGUACUCCAACAUGGCGGCGGGCUUCGGGGCACUGGAUAUCGUGUGCUCGGGCCUCUUCAUCGGCAUCUGCAGCCGCGUGCUCAAGCUGCCCGACCUGGCGAUGGCCAUGGCUGGCAUCCUGUCCAUGACAGCUUUUCUCAUCAUCAAGGGCUUCUCGCGCGAGCCCUGGAUGUUCUACAUGGGCUGCGCCAUUGGUUCCCUGAGCAGCGUGACACCCGUGGCCAUCCUGUCCAACGUGUCAAAACUCAUCAGCAAGGACGAAGCCGGCAAGGUGUUCUCCUUCUGGAGUUCGUGCGAGUCCCUGGUGCCGAUCGCGGGCAACCUCUUCUCCAGCCUCGUGUUCAACGCCGUGCUCGAGAUCGACGCCGGGCUGCCCUUCUUCAUCUCCGCCGGACUGAUGGCCUUCCCGCUCUGCGCGGUCACGUACUGCCUGUACAGAGAAGUGGCCGUGUACUCGACGCUUCCUCGAAACGACGUGGACUGUGAGCGGGACUCCAGGGCCACUCCUGCCGCCGUGCCCUCCUAGCAGUGUGCAGCGCGACCUCCUUUAGCAUCGCCCGCCAGCCGCUGGUCUUCCGGCCUGCGAGGUCUUCCCAUUCUUAAGUGCCAAGCGACAAGUCACGCGGGGGUGACACGGCGCCCGCGCCCAAACCACAAUCACGCCCGCUGCUGGCAACGGAACGCCUCCAAUGACUUUUGUCACUCGCGCGUGACGCACACGUCGAGCAAUAUCGCGCGACAACCUCCUGUUGACUUAGUUGGCACGUAUUUAUGUAACCCGGCGCAGGCGCAUAGUAAACGGGAGGUCGACCUAAUACCGUCUUAGCCUAUAAAAAAUGUCAGUAGAAUGUGGUACUGAUGAAUGGACGAAAGACUUACGGGCGGUCAGGAAUCUGUGAACAAUUUUUCGGGACUAAGGGAUCUGUAAAAUUAAGAAAUCAAGGUGCCUGUGCGAGACACGAUUGUAGAGUCAAAAUUAAGGAGUCUGUGUGAAGGAGAGAUUUCUACAGGUUGCGAAAUAUCUGUGUGUGCACUUGACAUUGUGUGGUGAGCUAUCUUACUAAUAUCACGUACGAACGGCCCAAACUGAGCGGGCACGUAAGAGAAUAUUAUGGGAACAAAGAAAAACUGCGCAAAAAAGGACAAGACAGAGAAAGAACCACACGACACAGGCGCAGACUAACAACUGGUUUAAUGCUCCAACGCCUCUUUCCUACCAACAACAGAACGCAUGCGCACUACCCCACUUUUCGGCCGGACUAAGAUUGUCGGACGCGCAAGGGAUAAGAAAGAGCUUGAAGUAAUCGAAGCUUUAGAGAUCGCGAGAUUAGGGCCAGAUAAAUGUGUUAGUGAGGCUUCCAUACAUUUGUACCGCAAGGAGUUGGCGUUUCUAGGCUCGACUACAUGAUAGCGGCAUUGGUCUUUGUGGUUGGUGCGCAUGCGUUCUGUUGUUGGUAGGAAAGAGGCGUUGGAGCAUUAAACCAGUUGUUAGUCUGCGCCUGUGUCGUGUGGUUCUUUCUCUGUCUUGUCCUUUUUUGCGCAGUUUUUCUUUGUUCCCAUAAUGUCAUACCAACUAGCCCCUCACCGUACGCUUCUAGACGUAAGAGAACUUGACGGAGCGCAGCUGAAACGCGCGUGCAUGAAAGACGGACGAGCAUUACGGAUGCGAUAGACACUCUCGGACUGCUUUCUGGGCAAGGAAAUCUGUACGGGCGCAGAGCUUCUGUACACGCGCCGCUGCGCCAAGUAGUCCAGCGGCAUUUCACAGCUCUUUGGGCGUCGUGUAACAGACGCUGAAACGGCGUAGCUUCUACGUGCGAAGGUUUCGCGUUUGCCCAGACGCGGAAACGUGGGGGAAAUAAGUCAGAUUUACUCUGGCGUAUUUUGUCUUGUCUUCCUUUCCCCAGGCAACGCAAAGACAUCCUGAGGUUGUCCGCAGGAUGUGGAAUCGCGGGUAUUUCAACAUCCUCAGGCCGUCCUAAAGUGUCGUCAACUGAUCCUACUUGGAUUCAUUUGUCCGUCCAAAGAACACACUGUGAACAUUCUUUGGACAUAAUGCCAGGAUCAUCUCUGGACCACUUCAGUACCUUUCCAGGAUGGGCCUAUGCACAUUUAAAUAAGCCGUGAAUGUGAUUACAUACUGGUGCUGUACAGUUAAAUUGCAUGUGUAAAUGUCACUGCUGACCCAAAUCCAUUUCUUUCUCCAAAUCACAUACUGUAAACAUUCUUUUGACAUUUUGCCAGGACCAUCUCCGGACCACUAAGGCUUGUUUCCAGGACGUGCUCAUGUCCACAUCUAAAGAAUCCAUGAAUGUGAAUAUAUGGUGGUGUUGUACCAUGGAAUCAUUUGUGUAACAGUCACUGCUGACCUACUCUUCAAAUAUCUCAUGUACACAUCACAAUGCAGUGGGUAACACACUUCUUUUUGCAAAAAAUGUUUCGAAAAAGCUUAAAUAUAAAAUUUAUUAUAAAGACAUGAAUACAUAAGGCAUCCCUCUUAACGCGCAAAGAAAUUGUCUGCGUGCUACAGCAAUGCGAAAAUGGGUAAUAAAGUGUAACCUACUAAAGGUUACUAGAUGAGGAAUCAAAAUACAAUCCUUAAACAUUAAAGAACGGAAAAGUAAAAAUGAGUAUUAGAAUGAGAAAAUUAUCGUUAAAACAAAAACUUGUGGAAAAAAGUCCUCUGUGCUGUGGUAGGAACAUGCUGCACUUCAGUGAGGCGUGUGUUGUCACUUCAACGGCUCAUGAAAAGACGCGCAAUGAGUCACAGAUUCAGUGUCUCUGACCUACUUUUACAAGAAAAACAAGGGAAGCAAGUGAGAAGACAUGCCAGUAACUUAACUUAGCAAUUCGAGGUGUACUCUUCAAUUAAAAGGGAAAUUUCGGAAAUUAACUCUCAAUUAGGAAAAGGUACAGGCGUAUACCUUCGUGAGAGAAGGUAAGGCGUGCAGACGCAAACACGAGAGAACCAGACAACACAAACGCCGUCUGCGUUUUCUGGUUCUCGUGUCUGUGUUUGUAUGCCUUACCCUUUGUCAGAACGAACCCCUACCAAACUAGCUCAACUUUCUGUAGUUAAGCAUAUACCAUACUUAUUCGAUUGUAAGGUGAGUGUGUAGUUGUGGGACCAAUGAAAAGAAAACUAGUAUGAACAAUAAUAUCAGGUGAUAUACAGUAGCUGAUGAAUUAUUGAGACCUGUCAGCAUUCGGCAGGAAUACCGAAAAGCACAGCGCCUCUUCUUACUCCCGAGGUGUCGGCGGUGGAUGUUAGCAGAAUAAACCGAAUGGCCAGUUGGGAUUAUAUGCGGAUGUUGCCUUAUGGCGUGGCAUCCUAGCAGUGCGCCGCGUGCUGCCACUAAAGCCACGUUUCAAGGAGAAAUUCACGUAUAACCCACACUUCAUCUUUAUUAAAUUUUAUUUUAAGAUGUUUGGCAUGGAAUGUACGCACAGAAUACCAUACUGGCUCACCUACUAAAACUUAUUAGUUGCUGCAACUCUCACUACUGCUAAAAUUAGGAUUGCCAGAAAUGUGGCACUGCUACCGUCAUAUUGAAAAAGUCACUGAAUCUAUCAGGGUAGAGUAUCAGGUACGGGGUAACUUCUAGGUUGAAAAUUUCAGAAAAAUACCUCGCCUUCUCCUUGUAUAAAUACGGGAAGUGGACACUUCAUGCAAACAGAAGAGUACCAGCGUAAAAAACCUGUAGCCUGUGUGCAUAUUCCGCUAAAUAAUGUUAAACUGCCUAAUAUAAUUAUGUUUCUGAUUGAAUAUAUAAGCACCUUUCAGAUCAGCUGCAGGAAAACCUUUGAAGUAUAUUCAAUAGUUAAAUGCUUUUACGUGGAAACCUAAAUUCAAUAUUUACGCGAACCCAUCAGUAGAAAUACUCACCAGUGGCUUUCUCAUACUGUUUGUUAUUUUUUCUAAGCUUUUACCCAGCAUGUCUGAGCCACGUUUUUACAGCGUCCUCAACUUCGCUUCCUUUUACAGUUUCAAAUGUGCACUUAACACUUUCUGCAACAAUAAAGAGGUGCUCUGUAGUUAUCUUGACAGUCAGUCACGACAUAAAAGAGAGCAGGGUCAUAACAGAAAGUCUAAAAAAAAAGAGUGGGUUGCAGUUUAGUUUACACAAUUUAAUGCUGUAUAUUAGCUGUCAAUAAAAAUAUUCCAGGAUAUACAUUUAAUUCAGUUAUCUUGCUUACCUGACCACGAUGGGGGGCAAAGGUUUAUGAGCAAGAUAGUGACAAACUAUUUUAUCUGGCAAGAGCAAAUAGUGCCGGCUUAAAAGUGGAGAAAGAUUCAAACUUCACAACUGGCAUGUUUCAGUUAUGCGGCUAGAAACCACACAUGGCCUUUGAAGGUGUAGUGUGCACUCAAUGUAGCCCUCCUGAUUAUUUUAUCAGCCAACAGGUAGUACUUGUUCAAUUUAUAUUACGCAUGAUGCACCUAUGUGGUUCUUCACAAAAAGUAGCUAAAUUGUACAUGUGCUCUCUUCAAUGUGAACUUAUUUGGUAUUCAGCCAAUGUGCACACAGAGUUCUUGUCGAGACAAAAUUUUCAAAAAUGAUUAAAAAUCAAUAGCAGAAGUACUCCUUAAAGGUGCAAGGUGUUGAAGGGCCUUAGAAAACUAUCCUGGCACACCACAGCCAACUGCUGAAAGCUACAUAUUAUGUGUGUAGUUUAACGCUAGAAGUCCAUUUGCCUGGAGGGUGAAGGGGAAGAAACUUGCCAAAUGCAGAAACAGGAUACUGAAAAAAAGAUGUUUGUAGUAACUGACAUAAGUGCAGUCGUGGAUAAACAGGAUACAGUGUCCACCAGGUAACACUUGAAAGACAACUGAAAAUUGAAUUACAUAAGCUAUUGUACUUACUAUAUAUCAGGACACACGUUGUCAACGACAAGAACUUGUUUCCUUUUUGUCCGAGCAAACUAUAGUGAACAGCCACUUCCUGGGUAAUGAGGGCUUCAAGAAUGCGGCACGUACAAAAACUAUCAUUUCUUCCUCCUAAGGCAGCGAGUUCCCGUAUCUGCAAUUCACAAGGUUUUAUACCAUUAUAGGACUACCAACAGUUCAGAUCAGACUAAGCAAUUUUUUAUUGCAGGUGAAUUUUCAAAAAACCCAUAGACUGAAAGCGAGUUUCAGGAUGCAGUGCACGGUUCAGUAAAACAUGAUUGAAGAUUUUAAAUAAGCAUAAAUAAUCCUAAACAAAAUCCACAUCUUAUACCAAACAGCACGCUACAAGUUUCUAGCAUGGUACUAUGUUUUCACAGGCGUUUUAUACCUCAGAUGUCAAUGCUUAGUAUCUCAUAAAAAAAGUUCAAUGCAAUUCCAAAUGAGAAAGUAGUAGUUUUGUUUUAUUUCAUUUAUGCACUUAAAGAAGCCCUACAAGGGCACUGCAACAAACCUCUAAUAGCAUUGCUAUACCGUCUUCAGUCCCACUGUCCACACCCAUGGACAACUUUCAUCCUUCUCAUAAAUAAACAGGAAGUGAUAGGCUAAUAUAUUCGGUGUAAUGGAAAACUGAUUGCAGGUGGCAGCAUAUGUCAAGCGUGUAAUCCUUUUGUUGCAACCAGUUUUUCAGGAGAUUGAAACUUUGUACAUCAUGUACUGCUACACCAUCAAUGGCAAAAAUUAUUAAUGUGCAGAACAUUUUAAAUGCCGCUAGAUAUGUAGCCAUGCACAUAUGUAGUGGCAUGUAGAAAUUUUGUAGUGAUAAUGCCAUUAGAAAACUAUAGAAAUGGGCUCAUUGUCCACACACAUAUAGGUGUUGACAUGAGUAUUUGCCCACACCAUCUCUUCAAGGAAGUAGCCAUUUUCAGGUUUGCUAGAGACCAGUUGACAUAACUACUGACUUUGAAGGGUACUGUGUUUGGUUGGAUCUGAGGAAUAUACAUGUGCAUUGUUCACAAAAUUAGUCCUUUAAGACACAGCAAUUGUACAUUACUUGUUUGUUUUCUAAGUGCAAAAGGCUAGGUGCAUUUCACAGUUAUAUAUUUUCAUUAUUUAUUCCCCGUGAUGUUAUGUAAUGAUAUGUAACAGCCUAUGCAAUGCUUGUAAAAGGGCCUUUACGGUACAUGAAUAAAACAUUUUUUUACCUGGAA